CCGCUAAUAAACACCAACGAAGAAGAAAAACAAAAACAAAGUUUGCUAAAGUUAGCUUCACCCGGGAGUCUUGAAUCUUCUGUUGUUGAUCAGCUGAUACUGACUCACUGACUGUAUUCAAAGAGGCUGGACACGAGAUAUACAGAAAAGGAAACAUUCUGGAGUGAAACUCAUGGAGUCCAGCGGCUUGGUCGGUGACUGUCUGUCUCCCGAGUCAACGGUGACCUCCCUGCUGUCCAGCUCAGGUCACCUGAGGAGCAGCCUGCUGGCGCCUCAGCACAACACCACCUUCAGUUACAGAGAAAAGAACUAUGACUCCGCCUCGGCGGCACUGGACGCCUACAUUACAGACUUUGAGAGGAGUCGUCAGAACAGCGCUUCGUUGACAGGAAGGCUGGUUCUGCCACACAGUCCGCCCUCCACGCAGAGCAGACCCAGAGUGAGCACGCUCAGAAACAAAGAUGUUCUCCGGGAGCGUUUGACCGACAGGGAGCUGGACUACCUGAACCUCCCCGUAAGCUCUCUCCAUCACCGUGCCAACCGAGACAGACUCUCAAUGACGACAGACGAGAUGCUGUCUAUCCCUUUUGACGGCUCGAUGCCUGUCACUCACACCUCCGCCUUCAUCCAAGGUCUCCUGUCCCAGUCUGGAGCCUCCCAACCCUGCUUCUCCUCCUCCAGACUAGCACACAGAACCUGGGACAGACUCGGCAGCAGCCAUGGCGCCCCGCAACUAAACCACCACCACCAACACCACCCUAAUCCAACCAGGAUGCCCAGGAACUCCAGAUGCAGAGAAAGACCAGGGGCAGCCAUGUUGAAUCCAGAUGUUGACAUCUCCUCAUUCAGCUGCUAUAGGCAGUCUGCACACAGAGCAGCAAGGUCAGAGUGGGCAGACCCGUCUUCGUCCCUCCACCUCCCUCACUGGCUCACCAGUAACAAGAGUGACAUGAACUGUUCUGGAAUCACCAGUGUGCCGGACCUAAAGUACCCAGCCUGGAUCCAACGUUGUGAUCUCACCGAGCUGCCGCUGUCGCCCACAGAGUCAGAGCUCUGGGAUGACCACGGUGCUCUUCCAGGUGUUCUUCCACCUGCGGCUUCCAGAGGAGCUCCAUCCUGGGUAGCAGAGCUGGAGGAGGAUGAUCCCGACCGGACUCCUGCACAGGGUGACAGCCAGCAGACUCUCCGAGAUCUGAGGCUUCAGUUUGCUGAACAGAUUUCACUACUCGCUACAGAGAGAAACAGCUCUGACAUCAUGGACACUCUGUUCAGAGACAACAGGAUUGAGUCUCUGAUCCAGAAGGCGGAUCGGGUGUUGAGCAGUCUGUCUCAGAGUUCUGGAGAAGCAGAGAGGCUUGCAGAUCCAGUCAUCAGUCCUACUGAUUGUGUUGAAGAAGCUGUCAGUCCAGUGAAAACCGAGGAGUUGCUGCGCUGUUCUUCCUCACACUGUCAUUCAUUCACUCGGGACUCGGCAGCAGCAGCAGCAGGGGACAUCGCAGAGGCUCUGACUGACAGAGGAGCUCAGGCUCGGGGCUCCGUUCUCCAUAGAAGUGACAUGUUUCAGCAGCCUGGACCAGUGGAGGCUCUGAAGCAGAUGCUGUUCAGGCUGCAGGCAGUGGAGACAGAGCUUCAGCGAAAACAACAGGCAUCAGUAACUCCAACACUCGCUGCCGGGCCACAGACAGAGGAGGCUCCAGUGAAGCAGAAGCCUGAAGUUGAAGAAGAGCUGGAGAGUUUUCCUAUUGGACCGUCACUACAGAGAGCUAUGCAUCACCUGAGCCGUCUCAAAGUGCUGGUGGAAGAACCCAGAGAGAAACGCACAGAUGAAGAAGAAGAAGAAGAAGAGAAGGACGAAGAUGAAGGACGCUACUCCUCUUCUUCUGCUGACGGACUGAACAGCGCUCAGCAGAAACCCUUCUGAAGUGAAAGGCCUGUUUACCAGAGCGAGGGACGUCCUGUCAGCAUCGCCGUCAGUCAGUGUUCUCUCUUUCCUCUGUUCUGUCACGCCCAGCGGCAACAGGAAACAGCACAUGAUUCUGGAUGAGGUCUGCUUUGGAUGUGUAUUUUAGAUGAAAAGGUGCCAUUCAUCUGAACACUAACACAGCACAGACUCAUUCGGAAAUUCCUGAAGUGUGUGUUGAAGUUAGGCGAUGUUAAGGACAAUCACACUCAAUGUGAGAGAAGAAACGACUGGACAGACAAAAUAUCUACAUCUCUCUACAUACUACAAGCAUCUGUUCAGCUGUUGAGACUCUCAAAGUAUCAAGUAUUGAUAUGUGAAUGUGCCAAUAUGAAUGGGGGAUACAAGGUCUAGUUGUUUGUUACUGAACUGAAAACGUGGAUUUAAUGAUAAAUCGUUCUAUCGGUAGUCAGGCGAGCAGUGAGCAGGAGAUAGCAGUGUUACAAUGCUAGCUGGAAACAAUUAAUAUGCAUUAGCAUGUUAGCAUGCUAUCAAGCAAACAUGCAAAAUAAUAAACUUCAGCAUGUUAAAAUGUGGUAGCAUGUCAACGUGCUUAAUUGUAACUUGCUAAAUGUCACCCAUUUAACAUCCAGAGCUGUUAACAUGGAUGUUAACAUGCUAACUGGAGCAUGUUAAAAUACUAAUGUUAACAUGUCAACUGUAACUGUAGCCAUAUUAACAUGUUAACAUUAGCAUUUCAACGUUACCAUAUUAUAAUGCUAAAUGUUAUAUGUUCAUGUUAGCAUGUUGCCAUGCUAAACAGCAAAUUGUACAUGCUAAACCUCAGCAUGUUAACAUGCUACACAUUAGUUACCGUAUUUUAAUGCUAAAUGUUACCUGCACAAGUUUAGCAUAUUCCCACGCUAAAAACUAAAAUGUUAACAUGUUAAACGUCACAUGCUAAACCUCGACAACAAGGAUGUUGUGAUCUUUGUUACUAUACACUUUUAUUUAUUUAGACAAAGUUCUUUAUUUAACACUGAUGUAAUGAGCAGAUUUUGUUAAAUGAAA